AAAUAAGAUUGAACAAAAGUGAGAAACGGAGACAUGAGGGGUUCUUACGACAAUCUCAAACAUGGAGCUGAUGUCCUUGAAAACUCGGCUCAAAGGCUUCGCCUUUAUAAAUCAACUCGUCUUCACCGAAUCACAGGCUCACUUCCUCUCUGUUCCGAUUCAAAAUCAGAUCACCAACAUCCUCAAAACCUCAGAAGAUCCGCAGUUCUUGUCUGUAUUUUCCAAGGAAACAAUGGUCAUCUCCGUCUCAUACUCACCAAACGUUCUUCAACUCUGUCGUCUCACUCCGGUGAAGUUGCAUUGCCCGGAGGGAAACGUGAUGAAACUGAUGUAGACACUGCCUUGAGGGAGGCCAAUGAAGAAAUUGGCUUGGACCCUUCACUUGUCAAUGUUGUUGCUGUCCUCGAACCAAUGCUCAACAAGCAUCGAACUAUAGUCGUCCCCGUGGUGGGUAUAUUAUCGGAUGCGAAGGCAUUCGAUCCAUGUCCAUGUGCAGAUGAAGUGGAAGCGAUAUUUGAUGCUCCUUUGGAGAUGUUUCUCAAGGAUGAAAACCGUAGGACGGAGAAGAUGAAAUGGAUGGGACAAAAUAUUAUAAUCCAUUACUUUGAAUAUGAAAUAGAAAAUGCCAAGUAUCUGAUAUGGGCUUUCACCGCCGCCGUUUUGACCAAGGUUGCAUCGGUAGUUUACGAGCGACUGCCGGAUUUUUCAGAGCUUGAUACGAAAUCAUGGGAUGUGGCCAUUACCGGGUACUUCUCUAAGAUGCGAGUUCAUAGAAUUUCCAUGAUUUUAUAGAUAAACU